AGUCAGGAGCAGGAGCACAUUGUCCCAAAGCGCAGACUGGAGGAUCCACCGGACUUCUGCAACGCGUCAUAAACAACUGAACCUCUUUUUUUCCCCCCUUCUUUUUCUUUUGUUUUCCUUGAACGGGCUGAUUUCCGUGAUGCUGACCGGAGAGUGUGAGCGCAGAUCCGCACCGGCUUCUCACUGAACGACACCUGCUCCCCCCUCCACCUCCACCUCCUCUCUCUCUCUCUCUCUCUCUCUCUCUCUCUCUCUCUCUCCUUUGCUCUGUCUUUUGUCUCUGGCAUCUCUGCGGCUCCGGCUCUCCAGAAGGAGGAGGAGCAGGGUGUACCUGACACCUCCAGCCGCGCUCCUCUCCCGCACAAACAGCCCGGAACGCACGGCUCACACAGAGUUCACCACCGGAUCUCCGCGCACUCCGGAGAGGAAAAAAAAAAACAAAAAAAAACUCUUAGAAAUAAAAACCAAAACAAAACACUGACAACUAAACCCUCCGAGAACUUGAAUCUCACGGACCUUACAUCUCCGGGAUUUUGCGGACUGUUUUGCUGCUCCUGUGAGGAAACGGACUACACCUCGGAAGAUGCGUCUCCCGGUGCUCGUGUGCGCCUUGGCGUGUCUGUCUGCGGCACCGGGCCCGGCGGCCGGGGCGGACCGGAGCUGCGCCGACCUGCGGCAGUUCUACACCGGCAAAGGAUUCACUCUUGCCGGGGUACCUCAGACUGAGAUCUCUGGUGAGCAUCUGAGGAUGUGUCCCCAGGGUCCGACCUGCUGCACCAGUACCAUGGAGGAAAACCUAGCAGGUCUGAGCUCCCGAGAGACCGAGGGCCUGAUCAGAGAGGCCGGCAGGUCGCUGCAGGCGGCCUUCAAUGCUCUCUACAGGAGCUUUGACACCUAUUUCACUGAACUACACAGUCGUUCGGAGCGCUCCCUGCAGGAGGUACUGGCUCCCCUCGGCUCUCUGUACUCGCAGAACACCCGUCUCUAUGGUGAUCUGUACAGCGAUCUGCGACAGUACUAUCGGGGUUCUGCUCUCAAUCUGGAUGAAACCCUGUCAGAGUUCUGGUCCCGCCUUCUGGAACGUACCUUUAAAAGUGCCGCCCCAAAAGAUGUCACCCUGUCAGAGGACUACCUUGAAUGUGUUGCUAAGCAACAGGAGACGCUACGACCAUUUGGAGACGUCCCACGAGAAAAGACGAAGGUGAUCCGGGCUUUUGUCACAGCCAGGUCGUUUGUCCAGGGGCUGAUAGUCAGCGGAGAGGUGGUCAGGAAGGUCUCCCAGGUGUCUCUGAGUCCAGAGUGUGGGAAGGCCUUGAUGAAGCUGGUGUACUGUCCUCAUUGUCGCGGCAUGCCGUCCAUCAAACCCUGCUCCAACUACUGCUCCAACGUUAUGAAGGGCUGCCUGGCCAACCAAGCUGACCUGGACUCUGAGUGGCAGAACCUUAUAGACACUAUGAUUCAAGUGGCGUCGAGUUUCAGCACAGAGCCCACGCUGGAUGUGGUUCUUUCUUCCAUCCCGGCUCGGAUCUUUGAGGCCGUCUAUUACUUACAGGAAAACAUGGAGACCUUUACUGCGAAGGUGUAUCAGACAUGUGGAAAUCCAGGUGAACCAGGAACAGGAAGUCCCAGCCUUCAUGACCAGAGGAAGAAGAGCGGAUCCUUGACUGCUUCAGAGUACAAACCAUCCCCGACCGCUGGACUCAGGCUGGAAAUGCAGGUAUCAGACCUGUCGAGUAAGCUGAGGGAGAUGAGGCAGUACUGGAUCCAACUGCCGGUGGCACUUUGCAACAAACUGGCAGCAGGAGGCACCAGUCAAGAUAAAUGCUGGAAUGGUAUAACUAAAGCAAGGUAA